GAAAUCGAAUGUCAAAUGUCAUAAUAAAAUAACCUAAAAGCCCUCUUUCCAUUAUCUUUUAUUUCGAUUUCUUAUAAAUUGAGAGGAAUUUAGAAAUCAUCUGAGAAAUAAGUUAAAUACUCUUUAAGAUGUCAGCCGUGAAAAGAGUCCAGCAAUGGGCUACUUUCGCUCGUACAUGGCAUAUUUUUGAUUGUAAAUGGCAAGAUCCUUACGAAUCAGCGGGUCUUAUUAAGAAAUAUUUGAUGGGAUUACACAAACCUAUAUAUCAUCCAAUGAACGACUGUGGCGAUGUUGUUGUCUGCAUAAACAGUAGAGAGAUUGCGUUAAGAGGCGACGAUUGGAGACAGCGAGCUUAUUUUCACCACACUGGAUACCCUGGUGGAGCAACAUGGACCUUAGCUUGGGAGCUGCAUAAUAAAGAUCCCACAAUGAUUAUCAAAAAGGCUGUAUACAGAUCAAUGAAAGGGAACCUGCAGAGGCGACACACGAUGGAGCGAUUACUAAUCUACCCUGGAGAAACUAUCCCUGAUGAUGUUAAGCAAAAUAUUACUAACCAAAUCCGUCAAAUACGACUUGUACCAACCAGAUUAGAUCACAUACCAGAAGAAGAAGUUCAGAAAUAUCCUAAAGUAAUGGAAUUUCCUGAGGAUUAUGUGCUUAAAUAAGAACAAGAUAAGUUAUUUGUGCAGAUUUUUAUGUAGAUUAUUUUAUUGUGUGAAUGUAGAUAGCUGUUGUAUUAAAUUGUCUAACAUUUA